AUGAUAAUAAGCAUCUCACCGUUGCCGGACAGCGUCGACAAGAGCGACGACGGCGCCACGACGUAUACGGACAAGAUCGACAUCUUUGGCCUCGGGCAGAUUCUCAUCUCGCUCGUGACGCGCGAUGUCCCGUUCGGAUACGUCAUGAGGACCACUGGGCGGGCGGAUAGCCCCAUCGAUGACAACCUUGUCGCUGCCCGGCUUAAAGAUCCUGUGGAGGCAAUCAAAAUGCUCGCGGAGCCGUUCGACGUCGACUAUGCAUGCCCGUCGGAAGAGUACGAGACACUCGCGCUUGAGUGCAUCACGUACGACCCAGAACGCCGGCCUACGGCGCCCGAAGUCGUCCGCCGGCUCGAGACCAUCCGCCAAGCGUACGGCGGCGCUGGCUUUACGACGCCCGAUCUUGCCAAGGUCGACCUCACGGAACCACCGGUCAAGACAUCGGGCGUCCUCUACGUACCAAGUUUCGGGACCUCGCACGACAUUUGGUGCGAGAUCAACGUCGACGACACGAAGCGCACGCCGGUCAAGAGCUCCGUCGCGACCGGCGGCGCGUUGCAUCGUUUUAUGCCUGUGUCGACGACGAUUGCCAACAUUGAGCCGCUCUCGCACACUCUCGAAGUCCUCAUCAAGACCCAGGUUUUGCUUUUCCCCAAGACGAUCGGAAAGGUCUCGAUUCCGCUCAGCGAGCUCCUCACACUGGAAGGCGACGACAAAAGCUUGACGGCGGUGCGGACGAAGCAGGGCCCGAUCGUCCAUGAAGGCGACAACAUUGGUACCUUGGAGUUCCGGAUGGUGUUUGGACCGCAGAUUCGCGGGUACCUCGAAGUCUUUGAGCGGGAGACGACCGAGUUCCUGAAAAAGGCCAUUGCCGGGCCGAAGACGCUCGAUCUCUCCAAGAAGCGCGACGUGGCGGCCGCGGCGUUGCUGGCCAGUACGCCCAAGACCCCGUAG